AUAAAGCGGGAAUGCGUUCUAGCCGUGGCUUACAGAAGAAAAUUAUUCCUCUGCCUGUUACAUUCGAACGAUACGCAAGAUGCAACGCUUCCUGCUAGUUGUUGUGCUUGGGGCGAUUAUGCUUUCGAUCGCCUACAGCUAUGAGUGCACCGGAAAGAACGAGCAAUACUACAACUGCAGCUCGCCAUGCCGUAGGAAUUGUACCAACAUUGAUCAGACGCCCAAAUCAUGCUCCGAGCCGUGCGUCUCGGGCUGUUUCUGUAAAACGGGAUAUCUGCGCCGAGAUGAUAACGAGUGUGUCAAGGUUUGGGAAUGCCUUCAUGUGGAACGAAAACGCACAUGGGAGGCGCUGCCAGGGACAGAAGCAUAGACUACUUCGCAGUUAACUAUAACGAUGGCGCGUGCUGUACCAAUAAAAUGUUCUUUAGUGUCGUUGCUUUU